AUGACUUUACCUACCUACAAGCAUAAGCCGGACAAGGAUCUUGUGGUAGCGGACACUCUUUCACGGGCACUACUUCCCACUACAGAUUCAGAGUUAGAGAAAGAAAUAUCAUGCCAUGUUCACAUGGUGAUGUCCAAUCUUCCUGCGACAGAUGACAUGAUGGCGAGACUUAGGAUAGCCACAGAAGAAGAUGAAUCACUACAGCAGCUGAAGAAGACCGUUUUGAGCGGGUGGCCAGAUACGAAACGAGAACCACCAGUCAAAAUUAGGGAUUAUUGGCAUUGUAGAGAGGAAAUCUCAGAGAUUGAUGGAAUUCUUUUGAAGAAUGAAAAGACAAUCAUCCCCAGUUCCUUUCGACCAGAAAUGUUGGGAAAGAUUCAUGCUGGACUCAUGGGAACCGAAAAAAGCAAGAAAGUGCACGGGAUGUUCUGUAUUGACCAGGGAUGAAUUCACAGAUAGAAGAAAUGGUCCUACCUGUCUAGAAUAUCGACCAUCAAACCAGAAAGAGCCCAUGACUGUUCAACCAACUCCCACGAUUCAAUGGGAUACUGUCGCCACUGAUUUGUUCUACUGGAACAAUUCAAACUAUCUAUUAGUUGUGGACUAUUUUUCACCCGAAGUUGCCAGAUAUUAAGAGCAGCACCUUGGUUACUUACAUGAAAUCUAUAUUCGCCAGACACGGGAUUCCAAGAGAAGUAAAGAGUGAUAAUGGUCGGCAAUACACAUCACAAGAAUUUGAAAAGUUUUUGCAAGAGUGGAAUUUUCAACACACGACGACCAGUCCAUACCAUCCACAAGCUAAAGGUCUAGCUGAAAGAUCGGUGCAGACUGAGAUGGAAAAGAUCCUUACGUUAGUAUUUUAGAAUAUCGAAAUACAACCAUUGAUCAGAUUGGUUCACCAGCACAAUUACUGAUGAGCAGAAGAUUACGAUCUGUUGUUCCAACAACGAAGUCCCUGUUACAACAUAAAGUCAUUGAUGAAGAUCUAGCGAGUUCGAAGUUAAUAACUAAGAAAACCUUUCAGAAACUGUAUUAUGACCGAGGCUCCAAAGAACUUCCUACAAUAUCACAAGGCGACCAAGUUCACAUAAAGAAAGAAAAAAUAUGGAAUCCAGCUGUGGUAACUAGUGAAGCACACACACCUAGGUCAUAUAUCGUGCAAAGUCCAGAUGGAAGAACUUACAGAAGAAACAGGAAACACAUUCUCAAGACGAAAGAAGGAAAUUCACAGCCAUUUGGAAAAGAAGAUUGUGAUGAUCCCAUUAGUCAAAGCAAUGAAGAGGAUGCAGUUGGUACAGAACCAGCAAAUGAUGGUGAUAAUGCAGUAUCUACAGAAGAAACAUCAGAGGAACAAUUACCGGUAACACUUGAUAAACAAUUUAGUGCAUCUCCACUAAAGACUAGAAGUGGAAGAAUAAUUAGGAAACCAAAUAGGUAUAAAGACUAUUAGUUAUGAACAUUAGAUAAUAGUUGUUUGACAAUUAAUUAAACUUUAAAUCAAUUGGAUAAUUUUAGAACAAUAAUGACUUUAAAAAAAAAGAAACAAAAAAAACUUAUACGUAUAUAGAUUAGUAUAGAUACUUUUCUUAUUUAAGAAGAGGGAUUUUGUUUUAUAUGUUAAUUUAUGUAUAAACUUAGCUAUAUAAGAGUUGCUGUACUCACAUUAGUGUUAAUCUAAUAAAUGCUAUACAUAUGGAUGUACAAACAUAACAGUUACUUCUAUAAUCGAAAUCAGGGUAUCUGUUAUUAAUUAAAGAAAAAAUAGCAAAAGUCAAUUUCCAUGAAAAUAUUGUGGCGACAAAUGUAGUAAUUUCUCUCCCUUAGCUACGGCCGUGCAUUGUUUAUCGUUCAAUGUAUUUAUUCUUAGGAAUGUAACAGCAACAAACCUACAACAUGGACAGCGAAUAACAAUCUUCCGUGCAGUGACAAUAACGUCAUGACUCGAAAUGACCGUUGUACAAACGGAGAUUGUCGGGGGCAGCCGUUCAAUUGUUUAUCGUGCCAGGAACAUCACAACGACGCAUGCCGAAUAAAAUCUGGGUAUUGCGUCAUCAAUUAUAACAGUGUCGACACAUGUUAUACCACUACUACGGAAAAACCCGGAAAUCAAUGUCAGGUAAAGUAAAGAUAAAGAUAUGUUACAAAUUAAGUUAAACUGUUUCCAUAAAAAUUUGAAGGACGUACACCAAUCGGUUUUAUAAGAGAAUUAUUAUAUUUCAUUUAAUGAGUUUGAACAACACAUGAAGAUAUCAUGUGCUUUCGCCAUUCCUAUUUAGGUAAAUUAACCUAUGAUUCGUUAAAAUAUUCACGAACCAUCUUUACGAACCAUCUUUGCCAUCCUAAAUGCCUAUAAAUAUCUAUCGCUUGUAUUUUAAUUUUCAAGCAAGAGCUUUAUUUUUUAGUGGUGUCUUUCUACAAUAAGUAGUACAACAUGGAUAAACAAGCACGACGUUCCUUGUGAUGAUGGAGAUAGUUGUACAAAAUCAGACACAUGCAAACAUGGUCAAUGUGAAGGGAUAAGUUUUACAUGCAAUAAUGAUUGUCAGUCCUGCAAUGGCAGCGACUGUAGUUUACAUUCAGGAUAUGGAUAUUUGCCAGACAAAUGUACUUGCAAAAUAGCAGGUAGGCCGAUAUAAAAGUCAAACAGUUUUGUUGAUUUCAUAAGGUACCAAAGCUACAGAACAACCCAUACAUAACUUUUUACAGCUAUAGGCAUGCAACCGAAAGUGGACUAAUAUGUUGUAGCAUAUAUUUUAGGUUUAUGAAAUCGAUAAUUACCUAAAAAUGACCACUUAUAUUUCCUCAGGAAAAGACUAUGAUCAUCAACAGCUCAACCCAAGUAAUGAAUGCCAAUGGUGUGAUAUUUAUGACAAAUCAUCAAAAUCAAUUUUCGCAUGGUCCAACCGACCGUCGGUUCGUUGUGAUGACAAUAACGCCUGUACAAAGCAAGAAGCCUGUCAAAAUGGAUACUGUGUUGGUACCAAAUACAGCUGUCAAAUAUCCUAUCCGCAGUCUAGUUGUAUACAGAGUUCUCAAUGUGUUGGUGAUGGAACGUGUAGGAAUAUCAUAAAGAGCAACGGAACAAUAUGCCGCCGAGCCUUUGACUAUUGCGAUCAACCAGAAAGGUAAGAAAAUAGUAUAAACUAUGUGUUGCAUGUGUGAUUCUGAUAUACAUUAGAUAUAAAUUACACUUACUGUAUUCUAAUACGGAUUACAAGUAGGGAAACAGAUUGGAGGAGAAUGGGUGAAUAUUGAAUAGUGUGGAUGAUUAGGCAAGGGGUUUAGUAUGGAUUUGCUAUAGACUGUUACAUAAUAGGUAAGUAAGUAGCUAGGUAAGUGUGUAGGUCUUCGUGUUCGCAGCGACAAAGCCGCUGCAGUUAAGUAAACGCGUAGUGUACGGGAGACCAGAAAGCAUAACAAAUUUGGUAGGUCCCUUAGUGUUACAGUUUGGCGUGAUAUGGCAUAAACAAAAUGGCGGGAAUAUAGCGAAAGAAUGACAACAAACACAUUUCAAAGGGACUGACAUUUUAUCGUAGGUAUUUCCCACAAACGAAUAGAAAAUACCUAAGAUUAACUUAAAUAGGAAAAUCUUUAAAGAAGAGAUUUGUAAUAAUAACAAGUGUAAAAGAGUGGCAAGGAAUUACGCAUGCACUACAUUCAUUUGUGUAAGCCACUCUUGUGAUUUUCCAGUUGGUAUUGGCCGCCAAUGGCCAUGAACGGCAUUUCGUCUUUUUGUGAUAGUUCUUUCUCCCAAAACUUAAAUGAAACACGCUUAGGGUCGUGAUGUACCGAUAGAAGUGGCCUCAAGCAUACAUUUUCAUGGAGUUCACCUAACUCCGUUUUGCGCAUACGUUCUGCGCAGGCUUACAUUCCAAUGGUCGGGACCCGACCGUUGGAAUGUUAUUAAUAUUUCGUAUUUUUUGAACUUUCUUGAAUUGAAUCUCUAGUCUGUAUUCAUUUACAAGCAUAGCGAACCAGAAGAGCGUUAAAAAUUUAGUAUAAUAUAUAUCUAAUCAUAUUUUACAACUGUAGCACUGAGUUCAAAAUGAAAACAAAGCGUUUGUUUACAUUACGGACUUUAAAUGGUCUGUAAAGUGCUCUUGUGACGAGAAAAUCAUCUUUCCAAUAUACAUCUUAGUCCCCGAGCCAACGGCGCGAAGCGCCGUUCCGGGCGUAAGCCCGGGGCGAGGGUACUAAAUACGACCGACUAUUUACACCCGGGUGUUUGAGAACAUAGCGAAGGGCAAAGUAACUCCAUUAUGUGAUGGACGGUCUUCGACGUUAUGCGCAUGCGCGAGUACAAACUCGCUCACACCCUGUCGCUCGCUCACACCCCAUCGAAACGUUUUCCCGUUACAUGUUACAUUAAAUUUAGUCUAUUGAAAGCCACAUAACAUAAAACUACAUUCCAAAUUGAAAUGAAAAUCAAUGAUUCUUUUAUAGGUACAAAUGAUCUCAUAUUACUUUCUCAUAUUGUUUUCACGUUACCAUAGGCAUAGCGACUACUAUUAUUUUAAACAUAGACCGACUUCAUGCAUGUUGAAUGGAAUUUCUAUACUUCAUCUGUUAAAAAAGGCGAGCGAUGCUGCAUUUGCUGUCGAUGUAGGCAGGAAAACAGGCUCAAGCCCAAAAGUGUACUUUUUUAGUUAGCAGGGUGGGUUGGUAAUCUUUUAGGAAGCAAACGGGUAAGGUAGGUAUUGUCCAAGGAGAUAUACUAGACAACAGUAACUUUAUUCAGAACACACUCAUUUACAUUUUUACAAAACCGAGAGCAGUCUAGUACUGUAAAUUCGUUGGUGCAUAGGGUAGAAGAGGAGGAAUAUACAGUAACAUGCCAAAAUUCAGGUAAAAUUAUGGUUCGUUACGCAGUGUGUCUGCAAUAUCCUAUACUUAUUCAACAUAUUUCAUAUUUUCAUAGGUGUAAUGGUGUAAUAGAAACAUGCCCGCCAACACAUGUCACCCCAAUAUACCUUCAAGAAGGUCAGGCAAGUCUUACGCAUUCGAACUUCGCGAGACCAGUAGCAUUCCAGUCGAGCGCAGACAAAUUACAUCUCCAACUCAGUGGCUUUUCUAGCACUUGCGGUUCGAUAACUGUAAAGUGGUCUUUAAUAAAAGCGGGAAACAAUUGCAUCCUUGGCAAAAAUAAUGCGACACUUUCUUCCAGUACAAAUAAUCAUAUUCUCGCCGAUCUUAAUUUGUGGCCCACAGAAACAUAUAAAGUCGUUGUUCAGGGGAAGAAUAUUCGCCAACAAUUUGGCUUACCAGUGUGCAGUAACGCGGUGACAGUAGAUACAAGUAUGCCAACUGGUGGUUGGGUGUAUGAUGGUUUAGGCCAUACUGAUCUUCAAUAUCAAUCGAGUAAGUUGUUUAGCACAUCAUGGGGAGGUUUUGAAUCAAUCUACGGUAUUGAGAAGUAUGAAGUCUCUAUGGAGUAUGAACCACUGUCUUCUAAAGACCAAAUUGAAGUGCAAGACUUUGUAAAUGUAUACUUGAACGUUUCGUUCAGUAAAACAAUCGCAAUAAUCGCAGACGGCAUGAAAGUUAGAACAAAAGUACGUGCAUACACAAAAGCAGGAUUGUACAUCGAAAGAGUGAGCAAUGGUGUUACUGUGGAUACGUCAAAACCUCUUCCUGGAACAGUUGCUGACGGCUCAAUCAUCUCCUCAGAUUUGGAAUAUGCUGACUGGACGUCAAGCUACACCAUCAGUUGGGAACCAUUCAGAGAUCUCCAUGCGCCCAUUAUCAACUACAAUGUCGGUGUUAAGAGAAAAAAUGGCGGCUUUGUGUCAUUGGGGUUAACAGCUGUCGGUAUGAUAUAUCAGUUUGUUGUCCCAGAUUUAGUUCUUAUCUCGGAGGUAGAAUAUUGUGGAAUCGUUGAAGCCGAAAACGCUGCUGGACUAAAAGCUCUGGCUUAUUCAAACUGUUUGCUCAUUGAUCGUGAUGCUCCACGACAUGGGACUGUUAAUGAUGGUUUGUCUAAUGACAUUGAUUAUCAAUCGGGUAAUACAGUGUUCCACGCUAACUGGAACGGAUUUAGCGACGGCGUUCACGGUAGCGGACUUGCAGAAUACAAGUACAUACUAACAGAUGAAAAUAAUAACAAUUUAACAUUAUGGACCACUGUAGGCCUGCAAACAAAUGUUACAAUCCCAGGGAUUAAUCUUUUAGAUGGUAACAUCUAUUACAUUACCGUACGAGCAAUCGAUAGAGUGGGACAUUACAAAGAAAUUAAAUCAGACGGAGUGUACAUCGACACAACUCAUCCAGUUUAUACUGGAAAAAUAGUCGUUGAAGGCGAAACGGCACAGGAAAAUGAAGAAACCGUUGUUUAUAUUCAAAGUGAGGACUCUGUAACAGUAUCUUGGCCUCAGUUUCUGGACGAUCAUAGCGGAAUGAAGAAAUACCAAUGGAGUAUUGUCGAAAAUCAUGAACAAUCAACAGAGUGGGAAGACGUGCCAGGAAUAGAUCUUGCGACAAGAGCAGUGUUUCGGUAAGCGUAAAAGCAUUACUGCAUGUGCUUAUUUUUAUUAAUUUUAUUGACGAUUUGCAAUACUUUUCAGUCUUUCUGCGUUGUGAAACGUAGCUACUGCAUGCAAAACUAAAUGCAAAAAAUGUUAAGAGAUAGGGCAUUCAAACGCGGAUAUCAGGGAUUUUUUCGUUUUGAUGAAAUAUUUUACGUUAUGAUAAAAUAUUUUACAAAAUAUUUUUUGAAAUCGUCAUAAAAUAUAUAAAAUGUAAGAAUAAUUCUAAUUCAAAUAUCCAUGCAAUUGUCACUUAUUUAAGGUAAUGACGAUUAUUGCAAUGUAUUUUUAGAUUCCUGUCACUAGUCAAUACCACUGGAUAUCGUCUAACCAUUCGCGGUAUUAACAACGCUGGUCUCCAUACAGAUAUCACAUCACCUUUAAUAAUCUUCAUGGGAGAAACAGCUGGACGUGGGACAGUCUACGACGGCCAGGAUCUAUUGACAGAUAUAGAUUAUCUAACAAACAAAUAUGAAGUUCAUGCAACUUGGCAAGGCUUUGAAACGCCCAAUGUAAAAAUACGAGCUUAUUACUUUGCGAUUGGUAGCUGUACGAGAGGUAAUUAUCACGUAACUAAUAACCAGUUCAUACCAGUAACACCGCUUACAGCGACAUCAUUUGGAAUACAAGGUCUGCACCUCGUGAAUGGUCAGAGAUACUGCGUCAAAAUCAAAGCAGAAAAUUUAGCUGGAGUUGAAAGCGAUAUAGCCUCUUCAGAUGGGUUUAUUUUGGAUGUUUCCCCUCCUGUUUUAAAGCAUGCGCUGGUAUUCGAUGGACAGGGUAAUGAUGAUAUAGAUCACCAGUUUAGCAGAACGCAGUUAUCUGCAACCUGGACCGGAAUUCAUGACCAUGAAUCAGGAAUAAAAAACUUUGAGGUCGCUGUCAGCCGAAACAGAGCUGCCCAGCCAGAUGUAACGAACUUCACUGACGUUGGCCACAAUAUGUCCUGUACGAUAACUGGGCUGCGUCUUAACAACGAAGUUUAUUACAUCAUAUUGUGUAGUAUAAAUAACGCCGGAUUAAAGUCGUGUUUGGCUUCUGAUGGUGUCCUCAUUGACCCAACUCCUCCAACGACUGGCAUCGUACAUGAUGGGAUACUUGAACCAGAUAUCCGCUAUCAGUCAUCUGUCGAUCAGCUAAGUGCAAAUUGGGAACGAAUUUGGGACUUGGAAAGCAGGGUAGAGAGAUUUGAAUGGGGGAUUGGGGAAGAAAAAAAGGAUCUGGUUCAAGAUUUUGUUAGCGUUGGUCUUCAGACUCACGUUACAUCCAAAAAGGUUCUAGAUCUGAAACACGGCCAUAAUUAUACUGUAUUCCUUCGCGUCUAUAACAGAGCUGGCGUAUUAAAAGAAUUGUUAUCUAAUGGCGUCUUUAUUGAUUCAUCACCACCAGUUCCACGUGAAAUUAUACCAAGGCUAUCCCCAACGGAAUGGCACUUCUCUAAAGAAACUGAAACAUAUUAUUCUUCUAGUGCGUCAAAUAUUUACGUUACAUGGACGAAUUUUGAAGAACUGGAAAGUGAAAUGUGGUAUUACAAGUGGGCAAUAGGGACUUCGAAAUAUGGCACUCAAGUCCAACAACUUAUAAAUAUCGGUUUAGCGACAUAUGCUAAUACCUCCAAAGGCGGACUUAAUAUCCGCCCCGGGAUUCAUUAUUUUGUCACUGUAGUUGGAAAAAAUCGAGCGGACCUUUUCUCAGGUAGCUGUUCAAGGCCUUUCCUUAUUGACUACAGCCCACCACGUGCUGGAAAUAUCCAGAUCAAAUCACUUUCUGGGAUCGAAAAAAAAUACUUUAGGCCAGACGAAAAUAUUUACGUUAGUUGGUCAGGAUUCGAAGAUCCGGAAAGUGGAAUAGAAAUGUACAAUAUUACAGUGGUAUAUAACAACAGAAAGAUUUUAAACUACAUCCGAAGCUCUGUUGAUGCAGAACUGGAAAUAUUGAUAGAUACAGGUCUUCUGUUUCCGGGGAAAGCUUAUAAAAUUGUUGUAAAAUCCAUCAAUUACGCAGGCCUCGAGUCCUUUCGGAUUUCAAACACGUUCACUAUCGAUAAUACUCCACCUGUCUACACCGGAAAUAAAAAUAAAUUACCAAAGCGCUAUUUUCUACCGGAUCCUCAUUCAUUAAAAGUUUCUUGGGAAACCUUCCAAGAUCACGAGAGUCCCGUGGAAUUUUAUGAAAUUGGCAUCGGAAGUCAGGUAUCUAGUGACGAUGUAUAUAAGUUUACUAAAACUAACUUAUGUACAUAUUCCAGUUUUUCUGCUUUAGACAUAGUAGACAACCAGUGGUACUAUGUAACCAUCAACGCUUAUAACAUGGCUGGCCUUGUGACGUCACUGGUGUUGGAGGAAAUCAAUUUUGAUCACAGUCCGCCUCAUGGAAAUAACGGAAGUGUUAAAGAUGGUUUAUUACAGGACGAUAUUGACCAUAUGUCGUCAAAAAGCAGUGUUUCUGCUAGCUUGGACAAUACCGAGGACUUAGAAAGUGGAAUAAGGAAAGUUGAGUAUUGCGUAGGUAGUUCGCCAUUUAACUGCUUCAUAAAAUCUUUCACUUCAAUCCAUCCAAAUAAGUCGUUCGUGUGUACGGAUUGCCAAAUUGAUUCUGGGAUGACAGCUUUUGCCAUAUUUCGUGUAACAAACGGAGCAGGUUUGUCUGCUAUAUUCGUCUCGGAUGGCGUCACAGUCGAUUCCACUCCUCCUGAAAUACAACGCGUUUAUGAUGGUAAAAAGACGGAAUAUCCCGACGUGGAAAAGACGUAUACCAAUUGGACGCCAACUGUCACGUGGUACGGAGCACGAGAUCUUCAAAGUGGCUUGCGCAUUUGUCAGUGGAUGAUCGCAAGGAAAGAGGAGAACACAACCGUCAGAGUGUAUACGAAGACGCUUCAUAAAAUUAACGUAACUUAUAACACACGCCAUACCAUACAAGCGAUUGGCCCGAUUAAACUUAGGACAAAUUUUUCAUAUUUUAAUGUAAUCCAAUGCAGGAACCAUGCAGGAAUUACUAGUCACCAGUAUUCCAAUGGCUGGUCGGUGGUUGAACAAUGGCCUAUUCCGUCAUACGUGAUUGACGGUAUUGGCCCACAUGACAGGAAGUAUGACGUUAAUGGCAAAAAUAUUCAAGCAUUAUGGGGCGCAUUCCACGCCGAUUCAAAGGAUCCCAUAAUAAAGUAUGAAUGGGCUGUUGGUACACUUGGACAAGUUAGCAACAUCCUGGAAUUUACAGAUGUAGGACUUGAUACAGAAGUUUCAUUACCGUUAUCAGAAAGCGAUAUUGUAUUAAAACCUGGUGUUGAAUAUUACAUAACUGUCCGGGGAACCACUUUGAGCGGAUGGAAUAGCAACAACACUUCAAACGGCUUUAUCGUGGAUAUAACUUCGCCGACUGCUGGCAUUGUGAGUGUGUCUCAUCAUAUUGUAAACCAGAAUACGAAUGAAGUUGACUAUACGCUAUCGUGGGAAGGUUUUGUUGAUAUCGAGACAGGAAUUGACAGAUAUGCAUAUUGUUUAGGUUAUAUUAAGGAUGUUUGCUCAACGGCUGCCUUCAAUGCAGGCCUGGUUUUUCAAGGCACAGUGCACGGUUUUCUUCCUGAAGCCCAAGAUAAUUCAUUCUAUGGUAUUGUCAUUGCAACAAAUGCAGCAGGUUUGAAAACAAUUGUUAGUUCAAAUGCUGUUAAAAUUGACUUCACCCCUCCCACAACAGGAACUGUACUUGAUGGAAUUGAUAUUGACUUAGACUACAUCAAUUCCAGCGUUGCCUUAGCAACGACAUGGUCUGCAUUUACUGACCCCGAGUCUGGUAUUAAAAAAUGUACUUUAACCGUCAGUGAAGAAAACGUCGAAAAGAAUGGGUCUAAAAUGAAACUAAAGAUGGAUGUCGAAGCGAGAGGCUCUAUAAUCCAUAAUACCGUCUUGAUAUCAGGCCUCAAGUACGUUUCUACUAUAACAUGUGAAAAUGUUGACGGAUUUAAAUCUUCAAAAUCUUCUAACGGUAUUAUUGUCGACGAUUCCCCUCCUAACGCGGGUACAAUACUCAACAAAAAUGCCCAAUCCUUUGAAAAUCAAUAUCAGUCAUCCACAAGUGGUCUUUACGUCCGUUGGACCGACGGUUACGAUCCUGAAAGUGACAUUAUGGAGUAUUUAGUAGCUGUGGGAUCUGGUUCAAAUCAGGACGAUAUACGCGAAUUCUUUUCAGUUGGAUUAGCACGAGAAAUAAAUGCAAAGAAUCUUACUAUGUCCUCUGGUUCAACGUAUUAUAUUACUUUGCAAAUUGUGAAUAAAGCUGGCUUAUGGUCACGUGUCUCGUCAAGUGGUAUAACAGUUGACACUUCACCACCUGAAAUUGAGGAGGUAUGUAUGCAUAAUAUCUAUUCUUAUCUUUUUAUUUAGGCUGCCUAAUGAUAUUUUUUGAUUUUUUGCAAUAUGAUUGGCUGCAGGAACGAGCAGCUUUUUACUAUCACCGAGGAGUGAAAACACUUUUGAAGCUUAAAUCCAGCCUACCGAUACAAAAAAUGGUAAAAUUAAGAGACUUUAAUGGAAUUAGUACCAAGCACAAAAUGUUGGUACUUAGUAUGCCGACUUAAUAAAUUGAGAUUGAGAAAUGCACUUUUCUUUGCCCAAAAAUGCGAAAAAGACCCAAAUAUAAACAUAAAAACACUGCCCAGUGGCAUUGAAAAAACACUGCCCAGUGGCAUUGAAAAAACACUGCCCAGUGGCAGUCGAAACUCGUAAAAAAGUCGGCCGGAUUAUAUGCCAAACCAUUCAAUAUAAUGGGUGUCUAUUAGCGAUAAUGCAAAGCUCACUUGCCUUGUGGUCGUUUGAGCACUCUGACCCCAUUACGCUCUGCGCAUGUCUGGGUGCGUUGAGUCACCGUGUUACACCACAUGCCUUGGUGAGAACAAGUUCAUGGGAUAUAAAUACGAGUGUCUCACGUAUCUGGACGUGUACCAAGCUGCACUGACGAGGUGUAGAACGCCCAAACAUGCAUGUCUGCAGAUUGUACCAUAUAUAUAUAUAUAUAUAUAUAUAUAUAUAUAUAUAUAUGUUUUCGUUUAUUGUUGUAACUGAUCUAUUAUAUACCAUUAAAUAUCUUUUUUAAUUGUAUAUAAUAGAUCAGUUACAACAAUAAACGAAAACAUGUCUCUUACUGAUCGCACAGCCAGCAUAUAUAUAUAUAUAUAUAUAUAUAUAUAUAUAUAUAUAUAUAUAUAUAUAUAUAUAUAUAUAUAUAUAUAUAUAUAUAUAUAUAUAUAUAUAUAUAUAUAUAUAUAUAUAUAUAUAUAUAUGUAAGAGUUAUAAACCGAGUAGGAGGUUUAUUGACUGAUAUAUUGACCCGAGGACGCGUAGCGUCCGAGGGGCAAUAUAUCAGUUAUAAACCGACUUACUCGGUUUAUAACUAACUUAUAUCACACUUGCGGAGGUUUUCCAACAUAUUUUGUCAUUUUCAAAAAUUUUUAAUGAAAAAUUCUCGCGUUUUGUCUAGAAGUUUCAUAUAAUCAUUUAUUCAAGGUCUAUAAGCUAGUUAUAAACCUCGGACGAACAAAGAAAACAGACGCAAGUGUGAUAUAAAUAUAUAUAUAUAUAUAUAUAUAUAUAUAUAUAUAUAUAUAUAUAUAUAUAUAUAUAUAUAUAUAUAUAGAGAGAGAGAGAGAGAGAGAGAGAGAUUUAUUUAAAUUCGGAAAUUCUUCAGUGCAUAGCACUGCUUUACAAGAAAGCCGAAUACAUAUACAAUAUUUAGCUAGAAGCUGAUGAUGUGAUUAUUGCUCCUUUUUUAAACUGACUCAAACUGUUGCUGCAUUUUACAUCUUCUGGUAAAGUAUUCCACAAUUUUACCCCUGAAAAUGCAAAGCUCUUCUUUAAAUAUUAAGUUUGAGGCUUUGGUAGUACAAGGCAUAAUUUUCUAUUUCUUAAUGUAUAAAAAUUAUCUAUGGCAGACAUUUCCAAAUGGUCUCUUAAAUACUUUGGUGCCAAAUUGUUUACUAUCUUAUACAUCAUAGUUAAUUUGUGUGUGUCUUGCAUUUCUGCAAGAGUUUCCCAGUUUAGUGUUUUCCUUAUUUCAUUGGAUCUGACAUCAUAACCUUGAUGAGUAAUAACUCUAGCGGCACGAUUUUACAACUUUUGUAGAAUGCUGGCACCAUGAGAGAGAGAGAGAGAGAGAGAGAGAGAGAGAGAGAGAGAGAGAGAGAGAGAGAGAGAGAGAGAGAGAGAUAGAGAGAGAGAGAGAGAGAGAGAGAGAGAGAGAGAGAGAGAGAGAGAGAGAGAGAGAGAGAGAGAGAGAGAGAGAGAGAGAGAGAGAGAGAGAGAGAGAGAGAGUUAGCCUAUUUGAUCCCUUGCAACUUCUUUAUUUUUAUAAGUCUAGCUCUAAGGAUGCAUAAAAUGAAAGACGGAUAAAAUGAGAGUGUUGGUACAUAUAUUGCCAGUUAUAAGCGGAAAAAACUGUCUUGCCGGGGGUUGCAUGGGAACAGGCGUUUAUUCAGGUGCGGCUCCUAUAAAUGCCAGUUCGCAGGCUAUGCUGUGGGAAAAAUGCAUGCACGAUUCCUUCCUUGAGAAUUAAAUCCUUACAUUUCCGGUCACUUUGCUAUAUAGCUGUAAAUAUCAGCAAGAUAUGUUCGUAAGUCUUUCGUCAUGCACAUUUGAGCUUAGAAAAUAGAUAGCAUUGUGCAAUUUUAUAUUCUAUAGAAUGUAAUAAUGUUGUAUAUUAACAUAAAAGUUCUGGGACUUGUAUUAAGGAAACCAAGUUUUAGCCUGCGAGCAGGCUCUCAAAGUGAAAUGAGAGCCUGCACUGAUGAAAUACAAUUUUGAAUAUCUGCGUCUCAAAUCGGGACGGGAAAUUCUCAUUGGUCAGACGCUAUAAUAUAUAUGUUUCCGCUGAGCUCUAUAAUGUCAACUGCUGAAGCACUAUGCAUAUAAAAAACACAUCAAUUGAUCAAAUUGGUCUUGGCCAUCUUAUCUCAAAGCACGAAAUGUUCUGUUUUGAGAAAACAGUAUUUAAAACAUUUAAAUUUUUGCUUGAAUAUCUUAUACUUUGAAAAACAGUAUAAACUGUAUGGUCUAAAUUUAGUUUGCACGAAUGUUGUAAAAAAUACCAUAUAAGGAUAGGCAUUCCAUAACGUUGCGGAGCAGCUACUGAAAAUUGUAUUUCAUCAGUGCAGGCUCUCAUUUCACCUUGGAAGCUUGCUCGCAGGCUAACUAAGUUUUAUCAUCACUGAAAAAUUGAAAAUAUUUGUUUCAUGUAAUUCUCUUUUUUAGGUAAAACUUGAAAGGUCUGAAAUUGGACACAUAGGUCCGAAAGAUAAUCUUAGUGGAAACUGGAGAGCAUUUGACGAUGAAAGUAGUAUAGAUUAUGCUGAAUAUUGUUUUGGUACGACUAAAGGAGGGUGCAAAGUACAAGACAUGCAUCGUGCAUUGGAGAAAGAAAUGAACCUAACUUGCCUGGAUUGCAAACUGAAACACAAGUACACUUACUUUAUGACUGUUCGAGUCUGGAAUAGAGCAGGCUUGUUUAACCUGACUACAUCAGAAGGAGUUACAGUUGAUUUAACAGCACCAACCGAGGGCAAGGUAUCAUUAAACAAAACGUAUACGUCCUGUAUUGAUCGCUGUAGCCUGACGGCAGAAUUUAAUGGAUUUAAAGAUGAAGAAAGUGGUAUUGAAAGUUGCGAAUUUAGCAUUAAAACCGUGAACGAAGUAACAGUAACGCCCGUUCAACCUACGACGAGUGAAAACCAAGCAGAAGCCAAAUAUUUAACAUUGCAACAUGACGAAAGCUACAAAGUAGCUAUUGCUUGUCAUAAUACCGUGGGAGGGCGAAGUUUGGAUGCUUUAUCGCCACCGAUACGGAUUGAUAACACCCCACCGGAAAAGGUAAGGCGUGCCUGCAAUUACAAAAACAGCUUCAACGAUUAUAUCUAAAAUUACUAUCCAUUUCUAGUACGUUCUCAUUACUGCCUUAUUGUUUGUGACAAAGAUAUUAUUUUUACCUGACAUUUGCCGACGAAGAUAAAGUCAAAUUGAAGGAAAUGUAAUAAUUAGUUCACAGUCUUUUCAAGGAUUCAAUGUAGUCUGGAUUUUGGACAGCCAUUCGUUGAGAUUUGGUCCCAGUUUAGUGACAUCGUUCACUACUAGAAACCUGUAAGUGAUUUUAAUUAGCUGAGAGAGCUAUAGUUAUUCACAUUUAACGAGAUUAUGCAACAUUAGUAUACAUUUAAUUAAUUAUCCGAUAACAAACAACAUGGCCAUGGGCGUGAAUGAAAAUUAAAUUUCCAGAUUUUAGGAAAGCCGUUUUAAGUGUUUGUCCGCUGUUCGAAGUAAAACUUUAUACACAGCAAGACAAUGCGCUUUUCCAAUUCGUUUGUUGAAGAGAUCUGUUUAUUUACUUACUUGCUGGGUUCGGGAAAUUUCUGUGUGUAAAAUGUACUGAGCUUCGUCGACCGCUAUUCCAUUAGUAAUCUUACCUUGUAAUUUUUCUCUUUGGCGGAUAAUAUAUUUCAGUUAAAUUUCAGGUAAUUUUGGUUAAUUAAGAAUUUAGGUAACUAUCAGGUAAAUUCAUGCAGGUAAAAAUGUAUUUUCCAACACCCUCUCCCCAUCCCCCCGCCGCUCGCCAACAAUUUUGGGAAAAAUAUUAAUUAGUGGUUGAAAUGCUAUGCAAUUCAGGCAAAAUUCCCGAGAUGAAGGCUGCUUGCAACGGCCCUGUAGUCAAGCCAUGUGGGCAAUAAGAAGUUUCUCGUACACCUGUGAGUAUAUAAAAAACAAAUCUAUUCGACAAAGAAUUGGAAAAGUGCAUUACUUUGAACAGCUGAUUAACACGGCUUUCCUAAAAUCUGGAAACUUUUCCAUCACGCAAUAAGAUGUAUUUUUUGUAAGCUGGUUAAUUACAAUAUUAAAAUAUCGUCGUUCAUUUUGGACAAUGCAGCCCCACUUGGACUUGCCCUUUGUUCUUUUAUUUGUUUAUAUUAGCUUUUAACAAAUAUGGCCUGACCGAUAUCUAAUUCACAUAAACGUUAUUGCCUAAAGCAAAUAAAAUAUUUUCACCGUAUUUUCGAGCAGACUGCCUGUCGGCAACAUCAUUUUUGGGCCGCCCAUGCCGCACCCGUUUACCAAAGUUUUGAAACGUUCUUCCUAGCAUAAAGUGACAUUCAGUAAAAUGGAUUAAUUUUACAUUAAAAUUAUUCCUAUUGAAGGCCAAAUAAAGGCAUAACAGUUAAUUCUAGAAUUUGAAAAUCAAUUAUUUUAAAUUUUAGCUUUUGAUUAUCCAGCCUAUUUGUUGAAUUGAAGUAUUUUGUAGUUUACAAAAUUAAACAUACUAUUUGCAUGUUAGCAUAGCAACUACUGUUGUUUCCAAUUAUGAAAUAUUUCAUGAUGAUACAAUGUUUUGGAAUUAUAGUCGCUCUAUUAAGAACGGACAAGGAGUUGGCGCAUGCAUGUAUUUCUAGUUUAUACAUAAUUAUAGCUCUCAGCCAAUCAAAAUCACUACCAGGUUUUCUGGAAAUGAGUGACGUCACUAUAUUGGGAUUUCGGCAUGUCCCUUCAGACGUAAAUCUCAUGCAACGAGUGGUCAUCAGAAAUUCAAGCUAGUUUAAUUUAAAAUUAUAUGAAAUAAUAUUAUUCAAUUUAGGGGUUUGUGAUAAUCAGCCCGGAUCGAAAUCAUGACGUUCUUCGUGAGCAUGUUGGCUGUCACUUUCUCAAUACGACACUACGAGUUUACUGGUCGGAAUUUGGAGACAAAGAAUCAAACAUCGCUGGAUAUCGUGUCGCCAUUGGACGGGAACCAUUUAGAUAUGAUAUCAUACCUUAUACAUAUACUCGUAUUGCCUCAGAUGCAAAGUUUGAACUUGGGGAAAAAUAUGGUCUGUCUCUGGGAGAAACAAUAUUUGCAACAGUGGAGGCAACAAAUAGAGCGGGUCUUUCAACCGAAGCUGCAUCGCUUCCUACUCGUCUAAUAUUUGAUAGAGAGAGUAAUCUUUCAACUGAGCAGGAUUUCUCAUGCAUUAAUGCUUAAUAUAUUACGGUGAAUCAGCGAUCAGAAAUAAAAACUAGACUAAACGCUAAGAAAGGUAUCAUGGCAGCAAUUUAUUAAAGUAAACGUAUUAUGGCAGAAAUUUAUUGCGACGUUUAAAAAUAAUAACGCGUCCCCUACUCUAUUCACAUUCAUGAUAUAAUCUAUAAUAAACGACAUUUGUGCGCAAACGCGUCCCUAACUUUUUACAAUAGAUUUUCGCCAUUGUUCGGCAUGGCUGAAUGCUGUCGAUUUCCAUUCUCUAACAAUGCUCAAUUGACUUCAUUUUUGGCACAAGCCACCAGCCUACCACCACUCUAAUUUUCAGGUCAGUGACUGUAAACAGAAAACAUUAAGCACACUUUAAAUAUAUUAAAAUCAUUAACAUGCGCAUUAUUUAAAGAUGUUGUAAAGUCCGUAAUGUAAACAAACGCUUUGUUUACAUUUUGAAUUGCUCUAUAAGCCUAUUUGUAAAAUAUGAUAUACUAACUGAAUAUCUAACACAGGGCCGUAGCAAAGGGGGGUAUUGGGGGGGGGGUGGUUAACCUCCCAACUUUUUUAGAAUUAACAUAUUCGGAAAAUCAGGUUGGUCAUUCGGAAAAUUACGGCAGUAAUAGUAUAACAAAAUUUUAGUUGUUUAAACAGA